AUGCUCUCCUCACAGUCAAAGCAUCUAAAAUCAGAGAUAAAAUCUCUUAGUUCUCAAGAGCAAAUUAUGGCUUCAUCUAAGACUUUGUUUCUUCUUUUCUGCCUUCUCUUUGCACUCGUUCUUAUACUGUCCUCUGAAGUUGGAGCUGAUCAUACAAAAGAAAGCAAUGGCGUAGAAGAGGGCAAGUAUGGAGGAUACCCAGGAGGAGGAGGAGGAGGAGGUUACAAUAAUGGAGGGCCAGGAGGGUACAAUAAUGGAGGGCGUGGAGGGUACGGAGGGAACCCACCAAGAAGGGGAUAUUGCAACUACGGAUGCUGCCGUGGAUACCGUUAUUCAAAUGGGUGCCGUAGGUGCUGCGCACACGCACAGGAGGCUCCAGAUGCGGAGUUUGAGGACGAUGUUAAGAACUAA